UCAAAUUUGACAUUCACCAAGGGUGUUGGUACACCUAAGUAUAUGGCACCCGAGUUGUUGAAUGGACAGAAAUACUCAAUUGCUGCAGACGUGUAUUCACUUGGUAUUACUUUCUUUGAGGCAUUUGCAUGGAAAGACGCUUUUGGAGACGUGAAAUAUUUCUUUGAAAUACCCGAGUUGGUCUCCAAUGGGAAGCGACCAGAUGACAAGUGUCUUAGUGAUGUUGAAAGGGGUUUACUUGAAGAGAUGUGGGCACAAAAACGGAAAGAAAGAAUAACGUGUGAGGAGGUUGUUGAUAUUAUACAGAAAAUGUUCGAUAAAACAAAAAAUGAAAAUUUUUAA